UCGCUUGUAAAGUUAUCCCCGACCGUCCGGUCACAUACAAACAACAUAGCAGAUUGAAAAGGGGUAUGAAAACUCAACUAUAAGAGAAGCUUGAACUCGAACGCUGAGUACUAGAAGUUACUAUAGCUUCAUUGCAGUACAAAGGAAUUAAACCGUGUUCUAUCUUCGCUCAAGCUGGAAGUCGCUUAUCUCCGAAGUCGAUUCAUCUCCAUUCCAUAGAGAAACUUGGCCAUAAAAUGGCUUUAUCAGACAAGAAGAUUGUUCUUAUCACAGGAGCCAACCAAGGCGUAGGCUAUGAGACGGCCAAAAACCUAGUUCAGUCAUCCCGAGACUACCAUGUUAUCCUAGGUAGUCGAGACGCCUCAAAAGGAGAAGCCGCCGCCAAAAAACUUCAAGCCACCGAGGGCGUUAAGGGCUCCGUCUCAUCAACACAGAUUGACGUGACUGACGGCCAAUCCGUCGAUGCUGCAGCCGCCCGUAUUGCCACCCAGUACGGAAGACUCGAUGUCCUCAUAAACAACGCAGGCAUCGUCUCCAUGGUCAGGCCUCCAUCACGGGAAGUCUUCCGACGUAUUCUCGACACGAAUGUCGUCGGCUCUUUGAGCGUGACCGAGGCAUUUUUAGAUCUACUACGUAAGGCUGUCCACAAGCCACCCCGCCUUAUAUUCGUCUCUUCAAGCACGGGUUCCAUCACCCAUGCAUCGAACCCCGAGUCCCCUUAUUAUAGCCCCGGAGGCGCGAUUGAGUAUCGGAGUAGUAAGGCUGCGGUCAACAUGAUGAUGGUUUUGUAUUUCGCGCGGUUGAAGGAGGAAGGCUUUCUCGUGUUCGGCGCCGACCCUGGUCUGUGCGCUACGAACUUCACUGGCGAUCCUGAGUCGCUGCGGCAGAGGAAUGCUGCGGAGCCUUGGCAGGGCGGUGAACGUGUAGCGACUGUUGUUAAAGGGGAGAAGGAUAGUGAUGUCGGGAGGGUAUUGGGGGUAUAUGGUGUAUCGCCGUUCUAAGAUGUCAUGUAAGAAUGGCCGAGAAAGGUGGCUUGGUGGCUUAGAAAUAUGCCUCGAUACCUGCCUGGUACAUACCUAGGUAGAUAUGUACCUAGGUACCUACACAUAAAUCUGCCUUGGCUAGGUGGGGGUAUAAAUACACAAUAGAAGCAGGCUCUCGUCGCCUUUAU